AUGAAAAGGUUAUCUUCCCAAAACAAAACUACUCGUUCAUCAUAAGUGAUUUCAAAUGGAAUUUACUUUGGAUAAUUUUAAAAUCCAUAACCUCUCCUUACUGCUGUCUCAAAUACUUAAUUAAAACCAACUUAAGAUUUAAGAAGGAGAAAUUUCAUACCUAAAAAGAGAUUAUAAUCACCAAAAAUUUUAUCACCAAGACAAUAAAAUACAAAGCCAAUAAAAAGUUUUUUCCAAACCAAACCAUCUCCUAAAGCAUCUUAUAAGCCACCAACUAUUAUUGUAACUCAACCAACAAAUAGAUCAACAGUAAUUCGAAUUAGAAGUCCCAUCAAGAGAAAUUAAUAACCUAUAAUAAGUUAAGAAAUGGAUAAUAAAUCAAUUGAAUUACUUUAAGAGUUAGCUAAUAGUUAAUUAAAUAGAACAUCAAGAAAAAAAAGAAGACCAUAAACUGCAGGUGGAUAUACAAUACCUUCUUAGCAUUUCUCAAAUAACAUAGAAAACUAUUUAAUAUAAGAAUAGAUUGGAUAAGGUAGUUAUGGGAUUGUUAAAGUUGGAUUAAAUUUAUUAAAUGGAUAAUAGGUAGCAAUAAAGAUUUACGAAAGGAUAAAAAUUAUUUCAAAAAAAGAAUACAUAAGAAAAGAAAUUUAAAUUUUGUCAUCAUUAUAACAUCCAAAUAUUGUUUAAUUGCUUGACGUAAUUUACACUGAUGUAUAUCUUUUAAUAUUCAGACCCAAGUGCAAUUAGUUAUGGAAUAUGUUGGUCCAUUGUCAUUAAGAGCAUAUCUUAAAUAACAACCAAAUAAAUUGAUCCCUGAAACAGAAGCAAAGAAUAUCUUUCUUUAAGUUGUCAAAGCAAUUGAUUAUUGUCAUUCUAAAAACAUUGUAAUUAUUAUAUAUAAGUUUAGAUACAUCGUGAUAUUAAGUUAGAAAAUAUUUUAAUCAAAGAUAACAAAAUUAAAUUGAUUGAUUUUGGUUUUAGUUCAUUUAUUGAACAUAAGACUACUUCCUAUUGUGGAACUCCUUCGUAAUCACUUUCAUAAAAUUACUAGAUAUAUGGCCCCAGAGAUUAUAUUAAAAAUUGAUUAUGGAAAACCUGCUGAUAUAUGGUCAUUAGGAAUAUUACUAUAUGUAAUGUUACAUGGAAAGUUUCCAUUCCAAGGAAAAGAACAAAAAGAACUGUUUUCAAAAAUAAAAACAGGCAUCUUUUCAUCUAAUGGGAUAUCUUAAUAGGCCUAGAGAUUAAUUAAUAAUAUGUUAAGAGUAAGGUCAUAUGAGAGAUGUAAUACAAAGGAAGUAUAAAAAUUAUGUCUAAAAUUAGAUAAUAAAAGAUUAAUGGUUUCAAUAAUGA